GCUUCACCUUUAAGGCGGCGCGGGGACUGUUGGGAAGGCCGGCGGGAUGGAGGCAGUGGGACCCGCUCACGGCUGCGGGUCCGAGUGAAACGGGGCGGGAGCCGGAGCUGGAGCGGGAGCCGUGCCCGAGCGGGAGGCGCAGGCCCGGCACCCGCCUGCCGGCCCUCUCGCCUUCACAGGCGGCACGGCAAUGGCCACGAUGGUGCUGCCGCGAGAGGAGAAGCUGAGCCAGGAUGAGAUCGUGCUGGGCACCAAAGCCGUCAUCCAAGGGCUGGAGACUCUGCGCGGGGAGCAUCGUGCUCUUCUCGCUCCCUUGGUCGCUCAUGAAGCUGGCGAGGCUGAGCCCGGCUCACAGGAACGCUGCGUUCUCCUGCGUCGCUCCCUGGAGGCCAUUGAGCUGGGGCUGGGGGAGGCCCAGGUGAUCCUGGCGCUGUCAAGCCACCUGGGGGCUGUCGAGUCAGAGAAGCAGAAGCUGCGGGCUCAGGUGCGGCGCCUGGUGCAGGAGAACCAGUGGCUGCGAGAGGAGCUGGCAGGGACGCAGCAGAAGCUACAGCGCAGCGAGCAGGCUGUGGCCCAGCUCGAGGAGGAGAAGCAGCACUUGCUGUUCAUGAGCCAGAUCCGCAAGUUGGAUGAGGACACCUCCCCCAAUGAGGAGAAGGGGGAGGUCCCCAAAGACUCUCUGGAUGACCUGUUCCCCAACGAGGAGGAGCAGAACUCAGCUCCCAGCCCUGGAGGAGGGGAUGUGGCUGCCCAGCAUGGGGGCUACGAAAUCCCGGCCCGGCUGCGCACCCUGCACAACCUGGUGAUCCAGUAUGCUUCGCAGGGCCGCUACGAGGUGGCUGUGCCACUCUGCAAGCAGGCACUCGAAGACCUGGAGAAGACAUCGGGCCGCGACCACCCUGAUGUGGCCACCAUGCUGAACAUUUUGGCACUGGUCUAUCGGGACCAGAACAAAUACAAGGAGGCUGCCCACCUGCUCAAUGACGCUCUGGCCAUCCGUGAGAAGACACUGGGCAAGGAUCACCCGGCUGUGGCAGCGACAUUAAACAACCUGGCGGUUCUAUACGGCAAGCGGGGCAAGUACAAGGAGGCCGAGCCACUGUGCAAGCGGGCUCUGGAGAUCCGGGAAAAGGUCCUAGGCAAGUUUCAUCCAGAUGUCGCCAAGCAGCUGAGCAACCUGGCCCUGCUGUGCCAGAACCAGGGCAAAGCUGAGGAGGUUGAAUACUACUACAGGCGGGCACUGGAGAUCUAUGCCACACGCCUUGGGCCUGAUGACCCCAAUGUGGCCAAGACCAAGAACAACCUGGCCUCCUGCUAUCUGAAGCAGGGCAAGUACCAGGAUGCAGAGACCCUGUACAAGGAGAUCCUUACCCGUGCUCAUGAGAAGGAGUUUGGCUCUGUCAAUGGUGACAACAAGCCCAUUUGGAUGCACGCAGAGGAACGGGAGGAGAGCAAGGAUAAGCGCUGGGAUAGCACCCCUUAUGGGGAAUAUGGCAGCUGGUACAAGGCCUGUAAAGUAGACAGCCCCACCGUCAAUACCACCCUGCGCAGCCUGGGGGCCCUGUACCGGCGCCAGGGUAAGCUAGAAGCUGCGCACACACUGGAGGACUGCGCCAGUCGCAGCCGCAAGCAGGGCCUGGACCCUGCGAGCCAGACCAAGGUGGUGGAACUGCUGAAGGACGGCGGCGGGCGGGGAGACCGCCGUGGCAGCCGCGACACGGCCGGGGGUGCUGGGGCUCGGUCUGAGUCUGACCUCGAGGAGGCAGGGCCUGCAGCUGAGUGGAGUGGGACAGACCUGUCUACCCCACAGGAUGGCAGUGGUUCCCUGCGGCGCAGCGGCUCCUUUGGGAAGCUCCGAGAUGCCCUGAGGCGCAGCAGUGAGAUGCUGGUGAAAAAGCUGCAGGGUGGUGGCCCCCAGGAACCCUCUAAUCCCAGCCUUUCUUCCCCUCAGGAUGAAGCGGGCCAGUUCCCUCAACUUCCUCAACAAGAGUGUGGAGGAGCCGGUCCAGCCUGGAGGCACAGGCCUCUCUGACAGCCGCACCCUCAGCUCCAGCUCCAUGGACCUCUCCCGACGAAGCUCCCUGGUGGGCUAACACCGAAGGGGCAGCCGGUCAUCAAAGCCGCCACCUGGCAUUACCCCCACCCCCAGCCCUGCGCAUGGGCCUGCUGCUUGCCCCGCCUGUCUCUCCCAGGGACCCCUGUCUUUUCUGUUCAAUCUCAGGGUAACCUCCUCCCUUGUCAUCUCAGCCUGAGCCCUGGCGUCUGGGCCUGCCCCGCUCCAGCUCUACCCCUUAUUUAUUCCUUCCAGCAGGGCCCCCUCUUCCCUAGAUUCAGGGCCAGCAGUAAGGGCUGGCCCCAGUCUUCCAGGUAGAGGCUCAGUGGCCCGCCCUCCCCAGACCCCAGAGCCAGAACACUAAGCACCUGUCGUCCCUUCAGCACCCCUGUCCUCCCCUGGCCGUUGCUUCUGUAUAUAGAGAAAUAAGUUAUUGGCCACGCCCCUCUCAGUCCUUAGUACUGCCCGGGCCUCCCCUCACCCCGCCUUUCUCUAGUGGUACCGCCCACGCCUUAAUCACCCCCAUUCUGCGCGGUGGUAUCUCCCAGGCUCCACAACACAUCUUGGGGGGCUUCCUCAAAGGGUUCCCUGGGCCUUCUCGAGCUCCUCCCGGCCUCUGAAGGGCGCGCCUGUCCCCGCCAUCGCCCAGUGCCCCGGGACGGCGAGCCUUCCCCUUGCCCAUCCCCUCACCGCCGGGCCCUGCCCUGCAUCCCGGCCUUAUGCACUGCCCCGUCUCACCUGGCCCUGUCCAGGCACGGCCUGACCCCGCCCCAGGCACUGCCUGUCGAGCCAUCCAGCCACGCCUCCCACGCCUGCAGCUUCUCGCGAGGGGCAGUGAUGCGCCCCCCAACCUGUGGCUGGAGGGGCUGCCCUUGUUCGGGGUGUAGGCGGUCGCUCUAUUUUCAAAUGUUGCUGUAGAAAUAAAGAUGGUUUGAAUCUGA